AUGGCCAAGACAGACAAAGCUUUGAGUUUCCAGAUAAUCCAGUGCUCUCUGAUACCAGAAAACAUGGCAGCUAAUGAAGCCUCACGUAUCAUCCUAUGCCAGGCCCCAUGGUUUUCUGGCCGCAUCUCACUUACCUCCGGCAGUUCCCGCAACGAGCCGGCAGCGGGGGCGAGGACCAGCCCCGCGCCCUUAGAGGCCUCCACCGGCCAUCAGAUGGUGGCUCUGCACACCCUUCAGCUGCUGCAGCAGGAGUGGGGCUCGGGGGACCGUCCGGGUGCCCCCGGGAGCCCGCAUGACCUAGACCACGUGCCCACCGCCCCAGCGUGUCGCUCAGGCCCAGGGCUGGCAGGGCCCAGGCGAGGGCGCGAAGAGGAGGGCGGGAGCCGGGGGGAUCAGGAAUCUGGGGUCCUAGGGCAGGCGAGCUCCCCCGAGGUGGGAGCUGUGCGAGGCGCCGAAGGGGGUGCGGAACUGCUGGGCUUCCCCGGAGGCCGUGAGCCCUGCACCCUGGCUGGCGACGCGCAGCGCGCUGGCCCUCGGAGCUGGUCAGAGUGGAGCAGACAGAGGCUCCUGGGCCCCCUCCAGCAGGAGCGGUCCUUCCCCUCUUCACUUCGGGACAGUGUUGAAUUUAGAAACAUCUGCAGUCAUUUGGCUCUACAGACUGAAGGACAGCAGUUUGACAGAGAUUUGAAUGCUGCCCACCAGUGUUUGAAAACAAUAGUCAAGAAGCCGAUUCAGUCACUUGCUAAUCUUCCUUCUGACGCCCACAUGGUAGCCUCUGCUUCCUGGAGACAGAUCUUACAGAAUCUCCCCGACAUAUGA